AUGAAGGUGAUUUUUGAGAUGGAUUUGUUAAAAGAGCUGACUGCAUAUGGUCAAAGUUUGGACUUGACAGUAGCGGAUCUUCAGAGGUUCACCCGAGAACAGCAGGCACAUCUCCGAGAACUCAGAGUUGAGCAAAGAGAGAGACAAAAGGAGGACAGAGACUAUGAAUUGAAGAGAGAAGAGUUGGAAGUAGAGAAGCUCCGACUAGAAGAAAAGAAAUCACUAGAUGCAUUGGAAACAAAGGUUCCUAAAAUGCCAUACUUUGAUGAGAUUAAAUAUGACAUAGACUUUUUUCUUAGACGAUUUGAAAGAUACGCUACAGCACAGAAGUGGAACGAAGGAAUGUGGGCCGUGAACUUAAGUGCAUUACUUAAAGGACGAGCUCUUGAUGUCUAUGCGUUACUUCCACAAGAAAAGGCUCUUGAUUAUGCAGCCCUUAAAACAGCUUUGCUGAGGAGAUUCGAGAAAACAGAGGGCGGUUUUCGAGAAUAUUUCCGUAGGUGUAGACCAGAGGUAGGUGAAACCUUUAUACAAUUCGCAGUUCGUUUAGGAAGUUAUCUAGAUAGAUGGAUUGAGUUUGGAAAAGUUAACAAUACCUACAACGGACUAUAUGACUUAGUGUUGCGAGAUCAGUUCAUAUCAAUUUGUAAUAGAGACUUAGCGUUGUUCCUAAAGGAGCGUAUUCUAAAAAAUAUCGAAGAGAUGUGUAUGUUAGAGGAUCAGAUCAAAGAAGCACGUCAUGUAAACUUAUUAACUUUAGUUUCUUCUAGCAAAAAUGAAACGACAUUUGAAAACAGGAAUCCAGUCGCAGCAAGAGAUCAACGCAGUCAGAAGGAGCAAGUGCCGAAGACUAAUGGUCAGUCCUUUUCACAACAGAACAGGGCAGGGAAGGAUAUUCGAUGCUACAAAUGUUCCAGGCCAGGACAUAUAGCUUUGCAGUGUAACCAAUCAACAAACAAGAAUCUUAGCUUUGCGAUAAGAGCUGAUACUUCAAGUGAGUCAGAAAGCAGUUCAAAGGAACAUAAAGAUUCAGGCAAGUGCUCUGCUAUUACGUCUAUAACAUCAGCUUCAACAUUUUCAAUGGCAAAUUCGUCAGACUUAUUAACUACAACAGCUUGCAGUGUGGCUAAUUUCUCAGAUCAGAUUCCUGUUUGUGUUGUGAAUGCGUGGUGCCUAAAAGCUCCAUUAUACCCUUUGAUUAUCGGAAACAUUCCGCAUGCUAGAGAUCCUCACGAUCCGAACAAGGACUGGAAGCCUAGUGUUGUGAAUGCUUUAGUGACUAGACAACAGAAACGCAUGGAAGGUAAGAUGAUAAAACCUCUUUCUGUUCCAGAAAUAAUAGAAUCUGAAGUUUGUCCAGAGGAUAUGUUGAAAGCACAGGAAGAAGACGAGACGCUGAAGAAUCUCAGAGCUUUGGUUGGAAAGGAAACCAACGAUAACAGAAUGAAGUACAUUUUGAAGAAAGGUAUGCUGUUUCGGGUUUUGCAGUCAGAGAAAGUCGAGAAUGGAGUCCAGGGUGACGCAAGACGGUUUUGUCGAUCGUGCGACAUAUGUCAGAGGACUACUCUUAAAGGUAGGACAACUGAAGUUCCGAUUAGUGUUAUGCCGAUCAUAGAAGAGCCAUUCAGACGCGUAGCUGUUGAUCUGGCGGAACAAACAGAGCCAAUGACUGAUAACGUUAAUCGUUAUAUUUUAACUUUAGCUGACUUUUCAACACGCUAUCCAGAAGCAGUUGCACUCAAAGGUAUAGAGACUGCAAGAGUAGCUGAGGGUUAA